AUGGGGAGCCCACCAGCCAAGAUGAAGAUUUGCCCCGUCCACAUGCUUUCUGUAAGAAUCAUACAAGCUAAGAACAUCAAGUCAAGAGACCUGUGGACAGUUCCACUUUCCUGCCAAAACCUUGCGGGGCAAUGUUAUUCACUGCUUGAUACCAGUCUGAAGUAUUUAGGCCUCUCGGGCUGCAGUAGACAUCUUCAGUCAAGUCCAGACUCCAGCUCUGAAAGACAUCACCCUGGAGAUUUCCUUUCACACCGUUGUCAAGCUUCACAAAUGACUGCAUCAGACUGCUAUGUGCGCUUGUGGCUGCCAUCUGCUUUGAAUGGAAAGCUUCAGACCAAAACCAUCAAGAAUUCUGACAACCCUGUCUGGAAUGAGACUUUCUACUUUAGGAUCCAGAGAGAAGUUGAGAACAUUUUAGAAUUGGCAGUGUGUGAUGAAGAUCCACUCACCAAAGAUGACAUGCAGUUCACAGUUCUUUUUAAUGUUGCUAGAAUCAGACCCGGGGAGACACUCCGUGAGACUUUUGCUUUAAAAUCAGAGAAAGAGAGGUGCACUAAGAAAUGGGAAAGUUUGGAAGUAGAAUUCUGGAUGGAAAGAAUUCCUGGCCCUCCAGAGCACCUCAUUACCAAUGAUGUCCUAGUGUCCCGUGAGGUUUGCUGCUUGGAAGUGCAAUUGGACAUUAACGAAAGCAGGAAAUAUUUGAAAGAGGGUAAAAAUCUUGUGCUUACGGUGUCUGCAUCUCAUGAGGGAACACAGAAAACAACAGACGACACAGAUACUUUCUACUUCCAUUGCGUGAAGGCUUGGGAGCCAGUUCUAAAAGUCAGGCUGCAGAAAGUUUCUGAUAAGGAAGAUGACAACAGUAAUUUAAGUGACACCUUAACAGUACCACUGAAAUUUCUCCCUGUUGGACAUAAAGUGAAAAUAACCCUCCCUGUAAGACAUAAUGUGCCACUGCAGUUGUACCUCCAACUAAAUGAUUGCACAGAAAAACUAGAUGUGCGCUUAGGGUAUGAUCUGUGCCGAGAAGAGCAAGAAUUCUUGCAAAAAAGGAAGAGAGUGGUUGCCGGUGCCCUGAAAAGGGUUCUUCAUCUGGAAAGAGAUCUACAUGGACAUGAGGUCCCAGUAAUAGCUGUUAUGGCAACAGGCGGAGGCCUCAGAGCAAUGUCAGCUAUGUUUGGGCACCUUUUAGCUCUUCAGAAGCUACAUCUGUUGGACUGUGUUACCUAUAUCACUGGGGCUUCUGGCUCGACAUGGACCCUAGCAGACCUGUAUGAGCAUGCCGACUGGUCACAGAAGACUCUGGAGGGGCCACUUAAGGCAGUAAAAGAACAAGUGACAAAAUGCAAGCUCAACCUUAUGUCUAUAGAGCAUCUCAAGUAUUAUCACAAGGAACUCGCUGAAAGGGCAAAAGCAGGACAUGUGUCAUCUUUUACAACUCUGUGGUCACUUGUUCAGGAAAUGUUCUUACAUGAACGGCCAAGAAAGUACAAACUCACAGACCAGCGCAAGGCAUUGGAGCAUGGACAAAACCCAUUGCCUUUCUAUGCAGUCCUCAAUGUGAAAGAGGAAAAGUUCAGUACUUUCGAAUUUAGAGAGUGGGCGGAGUUCUCUCCUUACGAGGUGGCCAUACCAAAAUAUGGAGCCUCCAUUCGUUCAGAAUAUUUUGACAGUGAAUUUUUCAUGGGAAGGCGAGUGAAGAAGCUGCCAGAAUCUCGGAUCUGCUAUCUGGAAGGUCUUUGGACAAACAUCUUUACAAGGAAUUUGCUGGAUGGCUUGUACUGGUCCUCAAAUUCAAAUGAAUUCUGGGAACGAUGGGCCAAAGAUAUGGUAGAUAUAGACAAACAUUCCCCUGAGGAUGACGUCACUAUCAUCGAGCCUCCGUCUUGUCUGUCAGGGAAAUUGUAUGAAAUGUUUCAGGACAUUAUGACCAAGCGUCCACUACUGGGAAAGUCUUAUAACUUUCUGAGAGGCUUAGAAUUUCAUAAGGAUUAUAUCCAUCAGAAAAAAUUUAUUGAAUGGAAAGACACCGUGCUGGACUCUUUCCCUAACAAUCUGACACCGCUGCAGAAAUAUCUUUGCCUGAUAGAUGUUGGCUAUUUCAUCAACACCAGUGGUGCGGCACUUUUCAAGCCAGAGAGGAAUGUAGAUGUCAUUAUUUCACUUGAUUAUGGUUUGGGGAAUGUGUUCAAGCAAUUAGAGAUGACAUACAAAUAUUGCAAGAUACAAAAAAUCCCAUUCCCCAAAGUGGAGAUAAGUAAAGAAGAAGAGAAGAACCCAAAGGAAUGUUACGUGUUUUCGGAUGCGGAGGACCCCAGAGCACCCAUAGUAAUCCAUUUCCCCCUGGUGAAUGACACCUUUAAGGAAUUCAAGGAGCCUGGAGUAAAGCGCUGUCUCUCAGAGAUGGAAGAGGGCAAAGUAAAUCUGGAGAACAACUGCUCACCCUAUUACCUCAUUAGGCUAAUCUACUCCUCUGAAAAUUUUGACAAACUUGUGAACCUGAGCAAAUACAACAUCCUCAAUAACAAAGACCUGCUCCUCCAGGCAAUCCGGAGUGCUGUAGAACGGAGGAGAAGCAGCAGGACUGGGAAUCUCCCCAGCCACUCUGGAGCUGGAUACCCCUAG